AUGUCCUCUACUGCGAGCGCUUACGGCGACUGCGUGGCCGCCCUACGCGGCUCCUUGUCGCAUCUAGAGUCAUCGGUCGAGACGCUCGGGAACGGCGUCGCAGACUUUCCAAGAUUGAUCAGUGUUCUGAAGACUGUCCGGCAUUACGAACUCAUCCCCCAACCCACCCUCGCUGCCGCCGAAGCUUCGCUACGCGACGAGAUAGGCCCUGCUAUUACCACCCUGCUCGACCGCGCUGACUCUCACAUUGACCGCGUAGAGCGCCGCAUCGAAUCCCUCAAGGCGCGCGCCGAGCUCCAGCAGGGUCGUCUCACGGAGAGACCCGGCAGCAGCCGGAAUCAUUCGUCCUCCUACGGCCGGGGUGGGAAGACUGCAAGCGGCGCCGUUCAAAAACUUGGUGGUGAGGCCAAGCUGAGGGCAAAAGCUGUCAAGCAGAGAAGGGAGGCUCUCGAGUACAGCAUUGAGAGACUGGAGCUCGAGGUCUCCCAGAAAGAGAGGGAGCUGAGGAAGCAAAUUGAGAAGGCUUGA